AUGGCGCCCAUGGCGCCCAGCGGACGAAGGCAGAGGCUCCUGGCAGUAUUGGUGUUGGUCGUUGCGGCUUGCCUGUGGAGAUGGGCCGUUGGUGACAGCUUCGUUGCUCCAAAGAUCGGUAGCCGGCUACCGCCACGAGGUCCGCUUCGCGUGGCCCGCUUCGCAAGCGACAGCGCAGCUGAGGACUCCGUAGAAAUCUCCGGCUUCUCCGGGUUCGUGGUCGGCCUCGCAUUUCUGCCGCACACGUGCUACGCCCUCCUGACGGCCGUCAACCUUGUGAGGGGGGAGAGCUUCCCCUUCUUCGGCUUUGAGCUUCUUUCGAGCGUUGUGUCGCUUGGUUUGGUGGCCUGGUCCCUGGGCAGCUUCCUUCAACGUGGUCGAGGACUGCCAGCUGGGCCCCUCGGCUUGCUGGGUCUCUCGGAGGGGCUCUCCUACCUGGUUGCAUUGGCCCUCCUUGCAGCCACGGCUGCAGCCGGACUACGAGCAGGACCUUCGCUGCCCAGCCUGAGCGUGCCCAAUGUCAGCAUACCGAAAGUCAGCCUUCCAACAUCGCUUCCGAAGGGCAUGGACGUGCCCUCCUUGAAGGUGCCUGAUGUGAAGUUGCCAGACUUCAAAGCGAACCUGCCGGACGUGAAAGUGCCCGAUUUCAAGGUUCCAGACAUCAAGGUUCCAGACAUCAAGGUGCCAGAUGUCAAGAUCCCGGAUGUCAAGGUGCCGAAACUCCCAGAGGUGAAGGUUCCGGACGUGAAGCUGCCGAGUGCACCGAGCAAGGAGGAGAAGAAAGAGGCACCCAAAGCGCCUCCGCCUCCGCCGGCCCCAAAGAAAACCGAGGCCAAAGCCUCGGCCUCGGAGGACCUCUUUGCCUGA